UUGGGGACCAGCUGAUUUGAGUUGACAAUAAAAUGUUCCGGUCUCAACAGCCCGUUUUGGCUGGUGAAGUGAAAAAAUAUAGUGCGGUUUUCGCUAGAAACAAUUAAAAAUUAACAAAAGAUCGCAGGUGACGAUGGAAAAUGAACAAUGGGCUGCAAAAUAUCAACAAUCUGUGCCGACGGGUUUAGAAAGGACAGAGAAUAAUUUAAACAAUGGCAACACAGAACACCUCUCAAAAGAUAGUAAAUCCUUGAAAAAUACCGGCAAAGAUGAGCCGGAAAAUGAUGUUAAAUGUCCGGAGCCGAAUCUGGAUUGUAAUCCACCUAAUGUUACGAUUAGUGAGAAAGCUAAACAGACAAUACAAGCUAUUUUAGAACAAAUUAAAUCGCUUUCACAAAUUGAAAAGUUUCUUUUAUUUUUAAAAUUACCAUCUGAAGUGUCUCAUGCUGUUGAUCCAUUCCGACAACCUUUGAAUCCCUUAGGUAGCAGAUCAGAAAUUUACAGGACUAUAUCAUGGAUCAAAACACAUUUGGAAGAAGAUCCAGAUAUUUCAUUACCAAAACAGGAAGUUUACAAUGGAUAUUACAAUUACUGUGAGAAAAAUAGUGUUAAACCUCUAUCACAAGCAGACUUUGGAAAGGUGAUGAAACAAGUAUAUCCAAGAGUGAGAGCCAGAAGACUAGGAACUAGAGGGAAUUCAAGAUACUGUUAUUCAGGAUUGAGAAGAUGCAUUAAACUGAAACCUCCUAUUUUGCCAGAUUUAGCCGAUAAGCCAUUGUCUACUGAAGCUCCAUUUACCCAGUCAAGUUUAACCUCAGCUGCCUGGCUAAUUGUUAGGGACUGGUCAGAACAGCAGCUAGGCACACAGUUUUCCUCUAUCCAAGCAUUAGCCUAUUAUCUAAUUUUGAAUCAAUCAAUCGGCACUGGAACAGAAGCAGCUACAAAAAUCACUAAUGCGGCUGAAUCAUCGUUGAAAUCUGAUGAUACAAAUGGUAAAAGUGGCAACAAACAUAGAGAAAUGCAACUUCAACUUCAAAGGAAAAUUCAGCAAAAGAAUGAAGGAAAAGAAAGAAAAAGAAAACUUCAGUCACCAAAAUCUGAGCAAAAACCCAGUGGAAAAAAGUCACGUUCCCAGAGUGUCCCAGCACCACCCGCAGUUCCCACAUCACCGACAGUACAGCUGGCUACAAGCAGUGGCACCACCAGCGGCGAGUGCAGUACGGCUAGCAGUAGCAGCACGAGUCCUACUCAGGGCAAACCUAUCUGUGAUAAAUCACUAGAUUUCACUCAACUACCAGCGUUACCUGACUUCAAUAGUUUCCAAAAGCCGUCGACGGAUGGAUUACUGGGCAAUGGUGGGCAGCCCGUUACUAUUCCAUUAAAGGAAACGAGUGUGGGGGCCUCGACCAACAAGGUAGCCAUACCAAGACUGCAAGCAGCCCCUAUACAAUUGACAACACCACCCAAGAAGCAACAGAAGCCAGCAAAGUACAAAUCAAUCCAGCCCAGACUGCAACAAUGUGAUAUUGCGCCGUACAACCCACAGUCACUAAGCCAAGCGACUGAGGACAACAGAUCUCAAGAUUUACACAAUACUGAUAGAAUUAAGGAAAGAAAAAGUAGUGAUGAUGAUUGUGAUGUUAAUGAUUUUCCGCUUACAAGAGAAAGACUUAAUAGUGUGAGUAACAUUGAGAAGGAUGCUAUGGAUGAAUACCUAGGUACAAACAAUAGUCAACAUGAGGAGGAGUUGUCCAAAUAUUUCAGUAACAAUAAUGUAAGUGAUACAACUGAAUCUGAAAAUACUUCUAAAAUUUCGACGCUUAGACAACUACUUGAGCAAAAUGGUAUAGUAGAAAACAAGUCCAGUAAUCAUAAUGUACUUGACAAUACGGUCGUACAAGAUAGGGUGCCGUUUCCAAAUACAAACUUAAAUCAGAUUUCGACACAAAGCGGUAUUACAUAUAUAACUCCUAUAUCCCAUCAGGGUAACAUACCGAGUACCUCCACUAGUAUAAAACGGAGAGUUAGUUUUGAAACUCCAGCACCUGAAGAUUCAGUCCCACCUAGCCCAAAUACGAGAAGAAAAAAUUUUAGUUUCACGCCCAUUUCUCCGGGCCCUCAGUCACCCAAUGGUAUGCAAUCAAAGUGCUCCAGCACCAAUGCCAGCCCGUUUGUUAGUCCUCGAAGUACUCCUAUCUCACGAACUAAAAAUACUGUGCAUCCGGCUACUGGUAUUGUGAAAAGCGAAACUCGAAAAACCUUCAAAAUAAAAAAGGAAACAGAUUUGAGCCUAGAAAUUCCUAAUGAAAUUCAAUUCUCUGGAUCAAGUUAUGUUCCUAUGUCAGCUCCGGCCAGUCCUAUGUUAAAUAACAAAUCUGUUCUGCAGAAAUUACUUAAUUCGAGCAGUAAAGUUUCGUACAGUCCGGGUUAUGCCAAUUCUCACAAUGUCCCGCCAUUGCAGCCUGAUACAUCCCGUGAAGUUAGCCAGUUGUUUGCUUCCAAUAUUCAGUCUAAUCUGGAUUCUUGUAGGUCUCAGUCUGUUCCUUUACAUCAAAUGGUCGUUAAAACAUUUCCGAUAGAUCCCGGUUUUAUAUCGGAGCAGGAUGUAGGUCCGGGAGAAUUUUCUGAAAUCGAUCCAAUACCUGAAUCUGCAAGUGAUAACGUAAAACGAAUUUUGCAUUCUCUUGAUGAACAAGCUUGUGAUAAUAACAACAUCGAUAUUUUUAAUAUAGACUUAACUAACAAUCCAUGUUUACCUGAGUUUGGCAUUCAGAUGAUUAACAACAAUUUAGAAAUUAACGGCUUUCCUCAAAACAAUAUACCUUUUAACAAUAUACCGUCAGAGGUUCCUGUGGCUAGGAGCAUGCGUUCCCAAAGUAUGGACGUAAAUAUGACCUUCGAGAGCAAAUGCAAUCCAUCUAGAUCUGUUCCGAGCACUCCUCUGUCGUUUAUGCAAAAUGUCAAACCUCAAAUGAAGUCGUCUUACGGCCACAAUUCCCGAUCCUACCCUUCUACACCCUUAAACUCAGAGGAAACUUUUACGUAUAACCUAAAUGGAGAUUGUUUGUUAAACGGCCAACCCAUUCGGUCAGACGGUAUGACGGAAGAGAUAGAAUUCAUACAGAACUAUGAUAUAAAUAGUGACAAUAAUAUUGAACAAUUACCACAUGCGAAGAGUUUUAAUAUAGAAGGUCCGGAUUUUUCAAUUGUCGAAAAUGAUCCCUCGCUUAUGGAUGACAACUGUGUUUUACUAGAGCAGAGUUACAGCAGUAAUAUUAACUAGUUGUAUUUUUUAUUAUUUUUCAGGGAUAGUUUUUGUGUACUACGUUUCUACCAUCAGACUUGAAAGUUGUGUGUAAAACAAAUUGCUUUUAAAAAACUGAAACAGGGAUAUAUAUAGACUAAUAGGUUUUUACUAAUUUUAUACAUAAAGUAUGAAACGUGAGUUUCUAACUGUCAGCUUUAGAUUUAUUGAGGAGAAAAUUUUGUUCAAUAAAUCGCAAAUGAGGUAAAAAUUUAAUUAAAAUUAAUGCAUUUUAAUAACGCAGAUAUUCAGUGUUACAUAAAAGACAUUAAUAAUAAAUGUGAAACUGUUUAUUCUGGAAGAUUAAGGGGUAACACCACUGUACAGGUAGUUUUCAGGAAUUUUAAAGGAAAAGUUGUUACAAGAUAUAGUUUAUCAGGAACAAAAAGGCUUUACUGUACAUGUUUUCAGGUAGUAAUGAGAAUGUAUGGCUGGUAAGAUUUCUUAUCUUCAAACAAAAAAACACAAAUUUCCGGGUAUUAUAUACUAAAAGCUAGGGAAUAUGAUAGGGAAAUUAGAAAAUAUUAAUAAUUGUCGAUUUAGUGGACAUUCAGAAAAAAUAUCGGAAAAAGACGAAACGUUUUACAUUAAAUUGAUAAUAACAGUGAAAAUUGUUAAUCAUUCGAAAAACCCUGAAUUAUGUUAUUGUGAAGCUCUGUACAAAAUUUCAAGUCGUUUCGUCGAAAACUUUUUAUUAUACUAUAUAAAAAAUGAGAGAGAAAACAAUACAAGUCUUUAAGUAUGCACAUGUAUUCCUUUGUGUUCAAACGAUCUCGCGAGCUUAAUUUUCAGUGAAUUGUUUUUGAAUAGAGACUAGGCUUUUUUUCACGACCGAAUAUUGGUGAAUAGCUGACUUGUAGUUACUAUUUCCAUCUCUUGUUGUUAUAUGGUAGUUUACAUCCUUUCACUCACUCAUACUACUAGAGAUGGGCACUUUUCGGAAAAGUUUGUUACAGAAAUGUCCAUUGGACAUGUCGAUGAAAUGUCCGGACAUGUCGGGAAAAGUACUUUUGACCUUGAAUCUAAUCUACCUGUAAGUGACGUCAUGUUUUCACAGGUAACUGCUUGAAGGUACGCAAAGCAAAAUAUUACUUUUAUUCUAAUGAAUACGUGUCGAUCUAUUUUACAUAUUACCUACCUUUAGACUUUUUUAUAAACUGGUUUCUAAUUUUCCCCGGACAGCCAAUACACUUAUUUAAAUGUUUUUCUAUCCUACUGCAUUUCAUUAAAAUUGUUUUUGAGGAGAAGUUAUAUUUAUAAUGAUUUUCACUCAAUUCAGAGAAAUAUAACCAAACUGUUGAUUUUAGCGUCAUACUUCAUUUAUAUACUAUUUGUGUAUUAAAUAUUAAAUUAAGAAUCAACUAACCUCAAAAAAUUUUUGCAGGAAUUAUGAAUGCAACAAAUUAUUCCGCGCAUGCGCAUCAACUGUUCAAUCUUGAAAAGUGUCCUCAGAACAUGUCCAAUUUUCACGACAUGUCCGCGGCACAUCUCUAGGCUACAACAUUCGACUUCACUCACGAAAAAAAGCCUUUUAUUUUAUUUGUAUCCUUGCAAAUUGUUGAAAUCGUAGUGUGACACACCACAUUCUUUUGCUUGCUUGUAUUAGUUUCUCCGUUUUUUAAUCUCUAUAUUAUGUAUGAUUUUUUUCUUUAUUAAAUACAUUUCACUUCAACAUCGUGACGAAAAGUGGUAAUUAAUACAUAUAAUGUAGUAUAUGUAGAUUUGUCAUAAUUUGUCCCAAACGGUGUCGUAGUAAACGAUAUUUUUGAUAUGGUAUUUCAAUAGGAUUUAAUCGGGACUUCCAAAUUUCGUCGUUAUAUCCAAUAUGUCGUAUAAAGCGAUGUCAUUAUGACCAAUUUUCACGGUAUAUUAUAUAUAAUAAAUAAUUAUAUAUUAUAAUUAAAAAGUGAUUUCUCGAAAAAUGCUUUUAAAAGAUUUUUUUUGACAUUCAGCGUAAUAAAUUCGAUAUAUACCUUCAAUCAGCGAUGCCUGAACCAUAUAAUUGGCCUUCUAUAUUAAUAUUUUCUUCAUCCUCUUCUUUCCGACUUGAUCUUAGGCUCAAUCUGUCCUCUAUAAUAGCUAUCACAUGCGUUCUCAGGAGUUACAAUAAGCACUCUUGCAGUGCAGUACGAGUGGUUGCGCUCCACCUCAACUUGUGUUCCGGAUUUUUCCACAAGCUAAAACUUUUGCUAAAUUCUUCAUGUAAUAAAGCAUUGUUUAAAAAAAAUUUCCAAAAAUCUUUUUCAAAAUUCUAGAGUGACUUUACCCCUUAAAGGUACUUGCAAUUAACUGUUUUAUUUUACAUUUUAAAAACCUAAUUUGUUAUUAUUUAUAUAUUUAUAUAUAUUUUUUA